AAACCAAAAUCCAAUCAAGAUUCGCUCUUUGGCAUACGCCACUAUGCUGGCGUAGUGAUGUACAACCCGAAUGGAUUUCUGGAAAAGAAUCGCGAUUCGUUCAGCAUGGAUUUACGUGAAAUGAUUGGUAAAUCUAAAAAUAAAUUUCUCGUCGAUAUCUUUCCAAUGGAAAUGCCUUACGACACAAUAAAGAAACAGUUGACGUUGUCGGUGAAGUUCCGCAAUUCAUUGGACCUGCUUAUGCGUACACUCGCUGCAGCGCACCCGUUCUUUAUACGUUGUAUUAAACCGAAUGAGGAUAAGAAACCUAAUCUUUUCGACCGCGAGCUAUGCGUGCGUCAGCUACGCUACUCCGGCAUGAUGGAGACGGCACGUAUACGUCACGCUGGCUAUCCCAUACGCCACAGCUAUAAGGACUUCGUCGAGCGCUACCGCUUGCUGUUGCCCGCAAUCGCACCCACGCCCACGCCCGACAUCGACUGCCGUCAAAUCACCAAACAGAUCUGCAAGCAGUUACUGCCCGCUACAGCUGAUUACCAAUUCGGGCGGCAUAAAGUUUUUCUAAAAGACAUAGAUGACACAUUCUUGGAAAAGGAGCGCGCGCGCAAAGUAUUACAAUCGAUUAUAACCAUACAACGCGGCUUACGGCGGGUGCUCUUUCGUCGCCAGCUGCAGCGUUACCGCGCGGCAGCGCUCACAAUACAAAAAGUGUGGCGUGGCUACAAGCAGCGACGUAAGUUUCUCAUCAUGCGCCAAGGUUUCCAUCGACUGGGCGCGUGCAUCGCACAAAAACGCUUGGCAUCUGAGUACAAAAUGCUGCGCUCACGUUUGAUACACUUACAAGCCUAUUGCCGCGGCUACUUGGCGCGUCAGGCGUUUAAGGCGCGCUAUACAGAGCGACAGCAGCGUCGAAAGCAGCUGCUCGCGUUGCGCGCUGACGAGGAGCAGCUGGUGCGACAGGCCAAAGAACAUCAGCAGGCGGAGAGGGAGCGGCAAGCACGGCACAGUGCUAAAAUGGUAGCUGCAGCUGCGCACGCGACAACAGCGACGGCUGUGAUGGCGCCAGCGCCACGAACUGCUGGUAUACCAGGCGCAGUUCAAGCGCCAAUGAAUGGCGCUUUGAAUGGACAACGCGCUGUAAGCUUUACAAAUGGCGUUUACGCCGUAAAUUACAUGAAUGGUCAGAAUAUCGCAAAUGGCAUGAAUGGUGGCGGGGUGGCUAGCCCAGCAAGGGUGACUAUUUCAGCUUUGGAAGCGGACAAGCAGUUAAAAGCACAAAAAACGCCCGAUAACAAUAAUUACAUCGAUGUGCAGAUGGUGGACGAUGUUUUUGGUUUUCUCGACGAUGCUGACGUCAGUUCGCCGCCCGUGGUAUCGAAUGUUAGAGAGAAGUCGCUAAUGUUCGAGCGCGAAUUGCGUCUUCAAAAAACUAUACCCGCGAAAUUGUUAUCGCGGCCUGUGAAUUAUUAUGACGCGCAAACCGUACAGCGAACGACAUUAUGAAAAGGCAGCGAGGUACAUAAGUAGACUUUAAGAGUAGGAAUAGCAAAAAUGAGUCUAGUAUUCAAAUCGAUGCAUAGCUUUUGGCAAUCUAAAAUACAAGUACCUUUUGCAUACCGAAAAAAUAUGUGACCAUAAAAGUAUGCCAUAAAAUUUAUUAAAAUAUUGUACAAUCCUAAUGUGUAGCAUAA